AUGUCCGGAAGUGGGACAAACGUGGAUGGGGUUGUGAGAAACAGUGCCCUAGCUUUUGUUGCGCCUACGCAGCCACAAACUAACAGUUCACAAGGGUCGCAGGAUCAGAUGGAUCCGUCAGAUAGAUUGAUGCCAGCUGGUUUAAAAGCCUUAUAUGAAGCAUGCUCCAAGAUAUAUCCAGAUCAACCAAACCCAUUGCAAGUGACAACAAGACUGAAAUACUGGCUUGGUGGCCAAGAUCCUCUUGACUAUAUCAGCAUGUACUGGAAUCCAGGAAUACCAGAAGAAAGCAUACCUCCACAUUGGCAUUAUGUAAGUUUUGGUGUUUCUGACCUUCACGGAGAUGGUCGUGUCCAUCCAAUGCCAGAGCGAGGGGACAAAUGGUCUGGUUAUGGCUUGGAGUUAACAUUGAGGUUGGCGUCUGAUAGAAGUCAAUCCCCUCCAGUCUGGCCUGCUGCAUUGCUACAGGCACUCGCUAGAUAUAUAUUUACUACUGGCAACAAAUUCUGCGCCGGCGAUCACAUAUCAUGGCACGCGGCGCUUGAUGGGUCACAGUCGCGGGUCAGGCAUUUGCUCGUCGCUGAAGAUCCACAGUUACACACAGUCAACACACCACAUGGGGAUGUCAUAUUUCUACAGAUGGUUGGAUGUACAACGAGAGAGUUGAGAGCGGCGCAGCGUGGUUCCGGGUUCGAAGUUUUGAAGCUAAUAAGCGAAGAUCCCAGAUGUGGUGGUGAAUGGCUCGUGACUCGCGUAUCAAGAAGACGUUCAGCGCGUUUGGGCAUUUGUAAUCGUCAAUUGGUCCAUUUGGCCGGAGUGUCUGCGAGGGUUAACUGGCAGAAGUAUUGUAUGAGCGAAGAAGAACUGCCUUUGUCCCCAAGUGUGGAGCGGCAGAUAAAGGAGACAUUACAACGCGGACUAUCCUCAAUGACGGAUAGAGGAUCUGAAGGUCACAAUAUGUCGACGGAUAGCUUCGAAAUGUCGAGUAUGGAGCGAGCGUUGCCACAAAUACCAAAUAUAGUUCAGGAAUCGUGGCGGGAGGAUAGCAUAGAAUAUUUGGAGGGAGUACAUCUCAUGUUGAAUAGUGAAGGUGCUAGUCUUCUACCGCUUGCUAUUGACGGUCGCGUGCGCCAUUCAUCGCACUUCACAUGGCGUCAAGGAGCUCGUUCAGUGACAGUUCUACCGCCGUCAGUGGGCGGGGCUUUUGUCACACCAAGAAGACCGUAUGCUGUCAGCGGUUCUUGGCUUCAGAUUCUUAUACCAAAGGAACUAGCAGAGGAGAUGUCAAAAAAAGUAGCUCCACUCGCCAAUUUAGCGGAAAUGGACUCUGAGACUGAUGACGAUGAAAACCAAGACGCAACCACAGCACCUUCCAUUCCCCAUACGAUAUCUUGGCCGAGUUAUAAAUUAAAAAUCUCUGUGUUACCCGAUACUGAUUUUUUAUAA